GACUGCACGCCUCCUGCCAGCCAUUACUUCACUGCAGCAGCAGCAGACCGUCCGUCCGCCCUCAGCCAGCCAGACGCUCUAACCUGCCUGCUCCCUCCUCUUUUUUAGCUCUCUUUCUCUCCCCCUCUCUCUCUCUGCACAUUCAGCAGAGCCGCCCUUCCUCUCCUCCUCCUCAUCAUCCCUUUGCCACUCCUGCGGCACUGCUCUCUCUGCUUGAAGGGGACACCGGCCCGCUCCUCACCCACUGAUUCUGCAUGACUGUCACAAAGAUGUCAUGGCGUCCGACCUACCGAAGCUCCAAGUUUCGAAACGUCUACGGUAAAGUGGCAAACAGAGAACACUGCUUUGACGGCAUCCCCAUCACCAAGAACGUCCAUGACAACCACUUCUGUGCCGUCAACUCCAAGUUCCUCGCAGUCGUCACGGAGAGCGCUGGCGGAGGCUCCUUCAUUGUUAUACCAAUAUCACAGUAUGGUCGUCUGGACUCUCACCACCCUAAAGUGUGUGGUCAUCAAGGCAAUGUGCUGGAUAUCAAGUGGAAUCCGUUCUUUGAAAACAUCAUAGCCUCCUGCUCUGAGGACACCUCGGUUCGGGUGUGGGAGAUCCCAGAAUGUGGUCUGAGGAGGAACAUGACAGAGGCGGUGAUGGAGCUUUACGGCCACAGCCGCCGAGUGGGUCUGAUCGAGUGGCACCCCACCACCAGCGGCAUCCUGUUUAGUGCAGGCUAUGAUUACAAGAUCCUGAUCUGGAACCUUGAGAUUGGAGAACCGGUGAAAAUGAUCGACUGCCACACUGACGUCAUCCUCAGCAUGUCCUUCAACACCGACGGCAGCCUGCUGGCCACCAGCUGUAAAGACAAGAAGCUGCGAGUCAUUGAGCCGCGCUCUGGGAGAGUCCUGCAGCAAGCGAGCUGCAAGAACCACCGUGUGAACCGAGUGGUCUUCCUGGGCAACAUGAAGCGGCUGCUCACCACUGGGGUUUCUCGCUGGAACACCCGGCAGAUCGCUCUGUGGGAUCAGGAGGAUUUGUCCAUGCCAAUUGUGGAGGAGGACAUAGACGGGCUAUCAGGACUGUUGUUUCCUUUCUAUGAUGCUGACACGCACAUGCUGUACCUGGCAGGCAAGGGAGACGGAAACAUUCGUUACUUUGAAAUUACCACAGAGAAGCCAUAUGUUCAGUACCUCACAGAGUUCCGCUCCCCAGCUCCGCAGAAGGGACUUGGUGUGAUGCCAAAGCAUGGACUGGAUGUAGCAGCCUGCGAGGUGUACCGCUUCUACAAACUUGUCACCCUGAAAGGCUUGAUUGAGCCCAUUUCCAUGAUUGUGCCAAGACGAUCAGACACAUACCAGGAGGACAUCUACCCGAUGACUGCAGGAAUCGAGCCUGCACUGAGUGCCGGUGAAUGGCUGAGUGGCAUUGAUAGAGACCCAGUCCUGAUGUCCCUGAAAGAUGGCUAUCACAAGCCCAACCAGUUAGUGUUCAAGGCCCCAGUCAAGGAGAAAAAGAGCGUGGUGGUCAAUGGGAUUGACCUGCUGGAGAAUGUUCCGCCAAGGACGGAGAAUGAGCUUCUGCGGAUGUUUUUCCGGCAGCAGGAUGAGCUGCGGCGGCUUAAAGAUGAGCUCACCUCUAAGGAUGUGCGGAUACGCCAGUUAGAGCUGGAGCUCAACAACCUUAAGAACGUUAGCCCCAACAACGUCUGACCUCUCAGCUUCUGGACUGGCAAAGCUGCUUUCUUUGCCCCCAAACCUGACCUCCAACAAAGCUUCUGAGCCCACCCACCUUUCCUUUUUUUUAUAUGACAUUGUAACAUACUUUGAUUGCUGCUGCACUGCAUAGCCAAUACAUGAGGAUAGCCAUUAGUGUGUUAACUAAUUCAAUCACUAGAAAUCUCUUAGUGGUGAUAGGUGAAAGUAGUUAAGAAAAUAAAGUUCAGGGAUUUUCGUUUUAUUUGAAGGCUGAUAGCCAAUCCGAUUUUGGAAUUUCAGUUUUUAUAAAUGUGCAUUUCUGGCUUUAACAAACUGUCUUGAUGAAUUCACCCUUUUUUUUUUUUUAACUGUUGGUCUCACCGUGUCUGCCUGGAAAUCCAUUGAGAAAAAAAAGAAAAAAAAAAACGUCCUCUACCUUUCCUUCAACACCUACCACCAUGCUUUAUCUCACUUUGUCUGCUUGUUUUUCCCCCAAUGGCCUUAGACUCUGCUGCUUACAGCCGUGACUUCACGAGCAGGAAGCUGACUUGAAGUAGUUUUGCACCAGAUUUCAGUUGCAACGCUGCUUUUCCUGCAAACGCUCCUCUCACCCACUAACCUGAAUUCACAACAUAUAGCUCCAGAGAUGCAGUGUCUGGAGGGGAGCUGAUAGCUCACCUUUCAUUUUCUUUCUAUGUGCUUAAAGUGGGGAAGAAGCAAACAUGUCAGCGGUCGACUUCAUUCUGGAUCAAGGGAAGCUUUGCUGUUUUCUUAGGGCUACAUUAGACGUUGGGAGUGUUGUAUAUUUGCUUCUAUUUAUUUGGCACAUUUUCUCUUUCUACCUUAACAACUUGUAUAUUUGUUUAUCCUGUUUUUGUAUUACUUGACUGCACAAAUACUGAUUGCGAUCCGUCAAAGAUUGUUUCACUAUUUCCUUUUGAAAUGGUUUAACGGUUAUUUAAAUCCCAACAGCUCAACUAUAACAGAUUCUUUUGUCUUUAACUUAAGGAUAUUACUGAGAUGUGUGCUGCCAGUCCAACUUUAGCUUAAAACACUUUAAUAAACUCUUUGUUCCCCUUUUGGUUUUACAUUAAAUCAAGAUGAUCCUGUAGUUCUACUUUAUUGGCACAUUUAUAACAAGCUGCAAAGCCAUAAUAUAUUCCUCUUUGUUUUUGAAACAAAAAUAAAGAAUCAACAUUAAAGUCAAGAACUGAUGGUUA